AUCAUGGAGUAGAGCACAAUUGCACGGCUGCGCGCUAUCGGGGGUGCACUGUACAAACUACAAAACUCCGAUCGAAUUCAUUGGGGGAGCGCUAGUAUGAAAGUAUCAAGUCAUGUCUACGCAGCAUUGUUGCUGAAUGCUCUGUUCGUAAACGGAAGACCGCACACAAUUGAUGUGGCCGCAUAUGCCAGCCUGCACGCGGACUUGCCCAAACUUAUUGAGGCCCGCACCAGCGGCCAAGGCUGCGGAGGCUGGUACGGCAACUACUCCUCUCUGCACGCGUCCAUCCGCGCCAGCGCCCACCCCCGUGCCGGCGACAGCCGUGCCGAUGCCAGCUUUCUCAGCCGCCUGCUCACCCUCCCGGCCAUGUACGGCCCCGGCGACACAGGUGGCCUGGAGGCUGGCGGCGGUACUACGGCGGCUGGUACGGCGGCGGCGGGCGGUCUGCCGUACCAGCGUUACGCGGUGAUGGUGUCGGCGGAGUCUGGUCUGGCGGACCGGCUGACGUGCAGCCUGAGCGUGAUGCUGUAUGCGCUGCUGACGGGGCGGGCGUUCGAGUACGUGUGGCUAGGCAAGCACGAGCUGUGGCGCAGCCUGCCCAGCCCCUGGGUGGACUGGCGGGCGCCGCCUCCGCCGCCCCUGCCGCCGCCGCUGCUGGGGGCUGUAGCAGCCAAGGCGGCGGCGGCGGGGCUGCCGGCGCUGUUCGGUUACGCCGCAAGGCUGAGCUCGGGGCUGGGCGGGCGGCAGGACACGUCGGCGGCGCUGCUGCCGUACCUGGCCCUGGAGGAGAGCUGUCGCAGCGCCGCUAAUGGCAGUAGCAGUGGUAGCGCUAAUGGCAGUAGCAGUGGCAGCAACAGUGGCAGUACAGGCAGUAGCAGCGGCGCUGAGCCAGCAGCAGCAGCAGCAGCAGCCGCAGCAGCAGCAGCGGCGGAGAACCACCAUUGGGCUGCGCCGACCCGGUCAACGCUCAUUGCUGACUACUACCUGAACGGGCGGCAGCACCGGAAGGACGACGACGAGGUACGGCAGCGGUUGGAGCUGCUGUACAGCGGCAGAAGUGUGACAAAAAAGGAUCGGUGGUGGCGGCGGCGGUACAGCCUGGAUCUGUUGUCGUACGGCGCGGAGUACGACAAUGUGGUGUGGGCGUUGAACAACGGGCAGGUGUGGCGGGCGGCGCACAACCCCAAACUGCGGCGGCGACUCCAGGACCUGGGUCUGACCCGGCCGGAGCGGUUUGUGCCCUGCCUCUUCAACUUCCUCUACGUGCCCAGCCCGGAGGCCCUGGCGCCCUUCGCCCGCGGUCCCCUGCUGGGCAUCCUGCUGGACCCGGAGAACUUCGUCAUCGGCAUCCAGGUCCGACUGGGGGACUGGGUGUUUAGCAGAAACAGCAACAGCAGCAGCAGCGCCAACGGCAGUAGCAGCAGCAAUGCCACCAGCAGUAGCAGCCAGGGAGGCGGCGGCGCGGCUGCGCGGUCGCUGUCUGUGUUGUGGCCGUGGGAGCAGUUCCAAGACGUCUUGGAGUUCGGCGCCGCGCACUUUGACUGCGCCCGGCAGUUGUACGAACACGUCACAGGCGGCGCGCCCUCCCCGGUGCGGGCCGUGGGCUCCACCUCCUCCUCGAGCACAUCCGCCAAAGGCGGCAGUAGCAGCAGUAGCAGCAGCGGCAGUAGCGGCAGCAGCACUGGCAGUGGCGGCAGUAGCACCCCCCGGGUGAAGCGCCACCGAGGCUUCACCCUGCGUGACCACAUGCAGGGGCGCGCGCAUCGGCGGCACGGCAGUAGCAGUGGCAGUGGCAGUAGCAGUGGCGGCGGCGGCGGCAGUAGCUUCAUGGAGCACCUGCAGAGCCAGGUCCUUACCCAAGCUGCUGCUAGCAGUAGCAACAGCAGUACAGGCAUGAGUGCAGGGGCUGGGGCUGGAGGUGGAGGUGGAGGUGUGGGUAGGAGGGCGCUGCGGGGCGCGACGGCGCGGGCGGCACAAGGAUUGGGCGGGCGUUCCCAGCAACCGCACCGACAACGGCAGCAGCAGCAGCAGCAGCACCCGAGUGACUUGGGUGGCCAAGUCUCACACCAACACGGGGGCGGCGGCGGCCCGACACGCGCCUCCGCCCCCUCCGUCGCCAUGAGGUCGGGAGGGGCGGGAGGGGCGGGAGGGGCAGGGGGGGCGGCAGCGGCCGCCGCUCCCACCACCACCGCCGCUGCCGCCGCCACCAUCGGCCCCAGCCCCCGAGCUGACGGCGCCGCUGCGGCGGUGGCGGCGGCGGCGGCGGGUGCGGGCUUUGUCGACGGCGGCGGCGCCGCUGUGGGCGCUGCCGGGGAGCCCGUCCGGACGCGGCGCAGCCUUCGAGGUCACACCGCCCUACAGAGCGGCAGUGGCAGCGGCAGUGCCUCUGAUGCCGCAGUAGCAGCAGCAGCGGCAGGACCGGGGCGGGGGCUGGUGGAUCCGGCGCGUGUGUAUUUCCUGCUGCUGUCGGACUCAACUGAGCUGCGGCAGGCAGCGGCGGCGCGGUUCGGUGGCGGCGGCGGCGGUGGGCGGCUGCUGGUGCCGCAGGGGCUGCCCAUAGAGCAUGUGCAGGACCACUCCCACCACGGGCAGGCGGGGCUGCACGCGGCGGCGGCGGAGCUGUGGCUGUUCGGCCUGGCGUCGGCACACGUGGUCACCCAGGCCAGUGCGUUUGGGCGCCUGGGCGCACUGGCGGGCGCCGGCGGCACCCGCUGCCUGCUGCAGCCGCACACAUGCGGCGACGGCGGCGGCAGCAGUAGCAGCGGCGGCGGCAGUAGCAGCGGCGACGGCGGCGGCGGUGGUGGAGCUGAUGAGGCUACUGCUGCGACUGCUACAGCCGGCCCGCUGCACCGGCUGUACGGCAUCCGGGGCUCCAGCACAUUGCGGACGUGCAGGUACGACCAACCCGACCCGCCGGACCUGGUGGCCAACUGGUGGAUAGGCGUGCGGAGGAGGCGGCAGUAGCAGUACGCGUGCGGAGGAGGCGGCAGUAGCAGCGGGCGUGCGGAGGAGGCGGCAGUAGCAGUGGGCUGGUUGGGGAAGUUGACUCCAAUCGCAAGUGAACCAAGACCUGGGGGCGUGCGGCGUGCGGGAGGGCGUGCGAGUGUGUGGGCAUGGUCGGUGGGGAGGCGUGUUGCCAUAGCACCCUGGUGUAGGCCCUCCACAGAAGGCACAUGUGACAGCUUGGUAGAGGCGGUGGCACGGAGGCCAAGGCAGGGAGGGGACUCCCGGCAAGAAGCAGUCUUUGAGGAGCAGCGUGCCUGGUGCCUGGUGGGCAGGCGCUGCCGCUGUGCCGCUGACGAUAUGUCUCGGUGGCGGCGCAAGGUGCAAUGCUUCGUGCUUGCCGGGGGGCCGGGGGCUGGGUGGGGUUGACCGCAUGGCGGGCCUAGCCGUGCUUGGCGGCACGGAUCCCACAGCUGGUGUUAAGGAGGGCUGGGAGUUCAUGGAGCGUAGGACAUGGGCGGACGACAUGGGCGGACGAAAAUGCUUUGUAACAUGGGGAAAGC